AUGAAAACAAUUAUUGCAGCCUGUUCCCAAAAUCUUAGUGGCAGCCGCGCCAGCGUCCAGACCGCCCUGCGCACCCUGCUCGCAGCACCCUGGCCCUCGCAGUGGGAUGUCCGCUCCUGGCUCCAGCUCCUCUCCGUCCUGCAGUGGGUGCUUAGCUUCCUGCUGCUGGGAACCGUCAGCCUGCUGAUCCUCAUCUACCUGGUGUUCACCAGCUUCUGGCCCAUCUCCGCGCUCUACCUGGCCUGGAUCAUCUUCGACUGGGACACGCCGGAGAAAGGUGGCAGGAGGCUGCCGUGCCUGCGGCGAUGGCCCGUCUGGAGGCACUUUCGGGAUUAUUUCCCCGUGAAGCUGGUGAAGACGCACGACCUGUCCCCCAGCCACAACUACAUCAUCGGCUCCCACCCCCACGGCAUCCUCUGCGUCGGCGCCUUCUGCAACUUCAUCACGGGCUCGACGGGCUUCUGGGAGAUGUUCCCGGGCAUCCGGCCCUUCCUCACCACCCUGGCCGGCAACUUUCGCCUGCCCAUCUUCAGGGAGUACCUGAUGAGUGGGGGCCUCUGCCCGGUGACACGCCGUGCCAUCGGGUACCUGCUGUCCAAGAACGGCACCGGCAACGCGGUGGCCAUUGUCAUCGGUGGUGCGGCCGAAUCGCUCUCCUGCCGUCCCGGCGUCACCACGCUCAUCCUGAAGAACCGCAAGGGCUUCGUCCGCAUGGCCCUGCAGCACGGGGCCUACCUCGUCCCCUCCUUCUCCUUCGGGGAGAAUGACCUCUUCCGCCAGGUGGUCUUUGAGGAGGGCAGCUGGAUGAGGAGCAUCCAGCAGCGCUUCCAGAAGAUGAUGGGCUUCGCUCCCUGCGUCUUCUAUGGCCGGGGUCUCACCUCUGUCCGGUCCCGGGGCUUCCUCCCCUACGCCAGACCCAUCACCACUGUGGUGGGAGAGCCGGUGACGGUGCCCAAAAUCGAGGACCCGAGCUGCGAGACGGUGGACAUGUACCACGAGAUGUACAUCCGCUCCCUGCUCAAGCUCUUCAAUGAGAACAAGACCAAGUACGGGCUGUUGGAGACGGACGAGCUACACAUCCUCUGA